UAGAAAUCUCCCUGCACCGCCUCUUGACAGCCAACUGAAUUGUUUUGCAAGAGAACUCUUCGGGAUAUUCCUUGGGACCCCCAGAGGUGAGGGGGGAGAGAAAAACCAGGAUUUCUACAAACAAACAACCCAAGAGGGAUUUUUUUUUUUUCCAUCCGAAAGUGACAUCGGUGUGUGGAUCUUUGUGUCCCAGGCUGCCCUCAUCUGCAACAUAUUUUCCUGCUGGCUGUUUGCCUCUUCCCACAGCCUUUCCUAAAAUAAAGGGACGUAUUUUAUUCAAAGGCUGAAGAAGCCCAGUGAUUCCUCACCUAGAAGGGUCCCUUUCUGCUCCCAAGAUUUUCUCGAAAUCCUGUGCCAAAGGGUGAAGAUGCUUGGAGGAAGCAAGUUUUAGAACUGGAGGAACACCGAAGGUCUUAUCAGCUUCUGCGAAAGAUAUUUUUCUCUCUCUCUGUCCAGGAAAUCAAGUGUAAGUGCUGAACUUCCUACAACCAGCUCACUAAAAGUUCAUCGGGUUUGGAGAUCUUGCAUUCCUAAAAGAUUAAAGGAUCCAUGAGCCUACUGGAUACUCUCAAGUAGCUGAGAUUUUUUAUUUUUUUUAACUGGAUCGAGCCUCUGGGUUUGAUCGUUGGGCCUUGCCCAUUGUUGACAUUCCAGAUCUAGGUUGUCUUUGAGGUCUAUGGUUCUCUCUGCCAAAGCUUUCCUUCUCUUCCGUUGCACCCUCACCUGCGUUUAGAAUUCAUCGCCAAGGAAGCGGACAGAGUGCCGAGUUCUCAGGGCAGUCAAAAUGUUCAGCUGGAUGAAAAAGAAUGAGAAGAAGACCCCAGAGGUCAUCCGUACGGUUACCGAGGGCUUGAAGGACCUCUACAAGAGGAAACUCCUACCCGUGGAAGAGUUUUAUCGCUUCCACGAUUUUCACUCGCCGGCUCUGGAAGAUGCAGACUUUGACAACAAGCCCAUGGUUUUGGUGGUGGGCCAGUACUCCACAGGCAAAACCACCUUCAUCAAAUACUUGCUGGAGCAAGAUAUCCCCGGGAGCCGAAUUGGUCCUGAACCCACCACGGACUCCUUCAUCGCUGUCAUGCACGGCGAAACGGAGGGCAUCAUACCGGGCAAUGCUCUGAUUGUGGACCCCAAAAAGCCCUUCCGAAAACUCAACCCUUUUGGAAACACCUUUCUCAACCGGUUUAUGUGCGCUCACUUGCCCAACCAGGUGCUCGAAAGCAUCAGCCUUAUCGACACACCGGGGAUCCUGUCAGGAGCUAAGCAGCGGGUGAGCCGAGGUAAGGUAGAAGGUGGUGGGAACCUGCCCAGGUUCCUCCUGUCCCCAUUGGAGAACGUGCCUUUUCUUCAGCCUUGAGAUGUUGGGGUUCAAGGCCAGUCGUCAAGGUUCCAAGUAAUCUGUCCCUGGAAUAAAAAUCCAAGGCUGUCCAGUUCAGGGCUGGGACAUCUGUGGCCCUCGACGUGGUUUAGAAUUGCAGCUCCUGUCGUUCCCAACUCUUGACGUGCUAAGUCAUAUUUGAUUUAGACCAAGAUUUGCCAAGCUAUGUAAGGCAGAGUCCUUCCACAAUGAGCCAGAAGCAGAAUUACAUGUGAUUG